GUUAAUUACGGUGAGGUGGCGGGAAAUCUCGCGGUUUUCCCGCUGGACAGACACAACAGGAAGUCAUCACACAGGUUAAAGUGAAUUCACCGACUCAUUGAAACCCGUUAAAAACAACGUCUUUUCCCGCGUCCAGCUGGAGAAACAUUACAUUACUCAGUACUCCAUUACAGGUGAGCUGACAGGAUGCCCAGGUUCCAGGAGGUGGAGUCAGGUCAGGCUCCGCCCCCUGGCAGUGGCGGCAGUCUGGUUGCUAAGCGAUACAACAUCCUGCAGAGUCUGGGCCGAGGAAGCUUUGGUUCGGUUUACCUGGUUCAGGACACGAGAGCCACAGACGGAGAGCAGCUGAAGGUGUUGAAGCAGAUUCCUCUGGGCGACCUUCGACCUGACGAGACGGUCCGAGCCACGCAGGAAGCCCAGCUGCUGUCUCAGCUGCACCACCCGGCCAUCCUCACCUUCUACCACAGCUUCCUGGACAGAGACGCCUUCUGCAUCGUCACCGAGUACUGCCAGGAUCGGGAUCUGGACUGUAAGCUGGAGGAGGUGAGACGAGCCGGGCGGAGCCUCCCCGAAAUCCAGGUCAUUGAUUGGUUCGUCCAGCUGCUGCUCGGCCUGCACUACAUGCAUGACAGGCGAAUCCUCCACAGAGACCUGAAGGCCAAGAACGUCUUCCUGAAACGAAACCUUGUUAAAAUCGGUGAUUUCGGCGUUUCCUGCCUGCUGAUGGGAUCAUGUGACUUGGCCACCACCUUCACAGGGACUCCGUACUACAUGAGUCCAGAGGUGCUGAACCACCAGGGAUACGACUCCAAGUCCGACAUCUGGGCUCUGGGCUGCCUCCUCUAUGAGAUGUGCUGUCUGACUCACGCCUUCCAGGGACCGAGCUUCCUGUCUGUGGUGAUGAGGAUCGUGGAGGGAGAAACCCCGACGCUGCCGGCCUCGUACUCUCCUGAUCUGAACUCUGUCAUGCAGAGGAUGCUGCAGAAGAAACCGUCAUCCAGACCGUCCGCCGCAGAACUUCUCAAGACCAAGUUCAUGGAGGAAAACAUGCAGAAGAUGAAGAACAGGUUCGUGUUUGUGUCGUCAGGAGAGAAAGAUGCUGAACUCAUCGCCAAGAACAUGCAGACGAAGGUUCACCUGCAGACGCUGAGGGAGAGGUCAGAGGUGGAGAAGAUGACGCCCAGAGAGAGAAUGAGGCUCCGCAAACUGCAGGCUGCUGACGAGAAGGCCGGGAGACUCAGGAAACUGGCUGAGGAGAAAUACCAGGAGAUCCACAGCCGCAGGAGAGAGCUGAGGAGCCGCCAUUUUGAAAAAGUCAGCCUGGAUGUUCUCGGUGAGAGCAGAGAAGACGGGGCCUGUCAGCCAAUCAGCAGCCUCGAUCAGCGGUCUGUAGGAGGGUCUCAGCCAAUAGAGAGGCAGGAUGAGUCAGAAGCAGAGCUGCAGGGUAUCCCAGAGGACCCUCAGGCUGCCGAGGUUUACUACAACCAGGACGGAUUCGACUCGUGUUCAGAGGACGAAGACACAGAGACAGCUGCAGAGACACUUUACCUGUCCGACCCACAGGUCAGUGAGCUGGAGGCCAUGAUGAAGCACAUGCAGAAAGUUCUGGAAGAGGAGCUGAGUGGAGAGCCAGUGGAGCCUGAGGCCCCUUCAGAGCCCCCAGGAGCCCCAGAUGAUCAACAGCAGCCUGCUGGAGACCAGAAUCCAACACCUGAGAGAGUCCAUCUGUCGUCGUCUGGGUUCAGACGUUUUCCAGAAGCUGUAUGAGAACCUGAAGGAGGCCAGGCGGCGGGGGGACGGUGUCACAGAGGAAGCUGUAAACCGUCCAGAGGAUGAAGCAGAUGUUGAUUUCCAGGUCGAUCAGCUGCUGUUCUAUGAAGAAGAGCUGCAGAGAGUGAGACGGCUGCAGGACGACAGACCACCUGUCUGACUGUCUGUCUCUAAAACAACUUUAUCAUACAACUUUAUCAUUAGGAAGAACCCUUUCCAUGUAAACUGUAAGCUGUAUCAUGACUUCAAAAGAUAAUAAAUCAUAAAAAUCUC